GAGCGUGGGCGGAGCUCAGCCCUCCCCGCCGGGCGCACCUCCUGCGGGGCGGUGACUGGCCCAGCCGCACCGCGUCUCCCGCAGUCUCUGCAGUCCCGCAGGCUCCGGGCCCUCGCAUUCCCAGCGUUGCCGGGUCUUGUGUUUCCGUGUCCCAGCUCUUGCGAGAUGACGCUCAAGGCGAGCGAAGGCGAGAGUGGGAGCAGCAUGCGCACUGCGCUCUCCGACCUCUACCUGGAGCACUUGCUGCAGAAGCGUAGUCGCCCAGAGGCUGUAUCGCAUCCAUUGAAUACUGUGACCGAGGACAUGUACACCAACGGGUCUCCUGCCCCAGGUAGCCCUGCCCAGGUCAAGGGGCAGGAGGUACGGAAAGUGCGACUCAUACAGUUUGAGAAGGUCACAGAAGAGCCCAUGGGAAUCACUCUAAAGCUGAAUGAAAAGCAGUCCUGUACGGUGGCCAGAAUUCUUCAUGGCGGCAUGAUCCAUAGGCAAGGCUCCCUUCACGUGGGGGAUGAGAUCCUAGAAAUCAAUGGCACAAAUGUAACUAAUCAUUCAGUGGAUCAGCUGCAGAAGGCUAUGAAAGAAACCAAAGGAAUGAUCUCAUUAAAAGUAAUUCCCAGCCAGCAAAGCCGUCUUCCUGCACUACAGAUGUUCAUGAGAGCGCAGUUUGACUAUGAUCCCAAAAAGGACAAUCUGAUCCCUUGCAAGGAGGCGGGACUGAAGUUUGCUACUGGAGACAUUAUCCAGAUCAUCAACAAGGAUGACAGCAAUUGGUGGCAGGGACGGGUGGAAGGCUCCUCCAAGGAGUCAGCAGGAUUGGUCCCUUCCCCUGAGCUGCAGGAAUGGCGAGUGGCAAGUGUGGCUCAGUCAGCUCCUAGCGAAGCCCCAAGCUGCAGUCCCUUUGGGAAGAAGAAGAAGUACAAAGACAAAUAUCUGGCCAAGCACAGCUCGAGGUGUGGACCACUGUUCUCCCCAGCUCUGGACAUGAACACUGCUUGGUUUUGUUUGUCUCUAGUUUUUGACCAGUUGGAUGUUGUUUCCUAUGAGGAAGUCGUUCGGCUCCCUGCAUUCAAGAGGAAGACCCUGGUGCUGAUCGGAGCCAGUGGCGUAGGUCGCAGCCACAUUAAGAAUGCCCUGAUCAGCCAGAAUCCAGAGAAGUUUGUGUACCCUGCCCCAUAUACAACACGGCCACCAAGGAAGAGUGAGGAAGAUGGGAAGGAGUACCACUUCAUCUCAACAGAGGAGAUGACAAGGGACAUCUCUGCCAACGAGUUCUUGGAGUUUGGCAGCUACCAGGGCAACAUGUUUGGCACCAAAUUUGAAACAGUGCACCAGAUUCAUAAGCAGGACAAGAUUGCCAUCCUUGACAUCGAGCCACAGACCCUGAAGACUGUUCGGACAGCAGAACUUUCACCUUUCAUUGUGUUCAUUGCACCUACUGACCAGGGCACUCAGACAGAAGCCCUGCAGCAGCUGCAGAAGGAUUCUGAGGCCAUCCGCAGCCAGUACGCUCACUACUUUGACCUCUCAUUGGUCAAUAAUGGUGUUGAUGAAACCCUUAAGAAAUUACAAGAAGCCUUCGACCAAGCGUGUAGUUCUCCGCAGUGGGUGCCUGUUUCCUGGGUUUACUAAGCUUGCAGAAUGGGGGAACCCACCGUAUGCCUCUCUCCAGCAUUUGGAACGUCACCCUUCUUGCUUUAAGACAAACAGGGCUGCUUCACCUAGUUUAGUGUCAGCUUCCAACUCUCUGCAGCUAUCCUAAUUAAGCCAGUAGGAUUCAAUUUUCUUGCUCAGGCUCUUGAAGGGCUGGGAUUUGAUUUUCCUGAUAGAUGGGGCUCCACUGAUCUGGAUUUCAAAAGGAUCUCCAGAAAUUGAGGGUAAGAAGUACUAACAAAAAGUAACUGCUCAAAGAUGAUGCACAGCAAAAGCAAUGGACCCCCAUCCCUCUAAAGCCUGCCCUCCUUCACCUUCAACUGUAUAUGCUGGGUAUUUCGUCUUUUUAUUUUGGAGAAAGUGUUUAUAACUGCAACUUUCUAUAAUGCCAAAAUGACACAUCUGUGCAAUAGAAUGAUGUCUGUUCAAGGGAAAUCUUCAAUAGCAAUAAAAAUGCUGUGUUAAAAUGCCAA